GUGCGCGACACAUCUUACUACACGACAACGAUGGCCGGCCUUAAUACAGGGGACGAGAAACUCGUCUUUGAGUCAUCGGAAGCUGUUUCUGUCAUCUCGACCUUCGACGACCUUGGGUUGAAAGAAGACUUGUUGCGUGGAAUUUAUGCCUAUAACUUCGAAAAACCAUCUGCCAUUCAGCAGAGGGCCAUUUUACCAAUUGUCCAAGGUCGCGACGUCAUUGCGCAGGCCCAAUCCGGUACUGGUAAAACGGCAACAUUUUCAAUUUCCAUCCUCCAGUCGAUAGACGUCACGUUACGUGAAACUCAGGCUCUCGUUCUAUCUCCGACUCGUGAACUGGCUACCCAGAUCCAGUCUGUCCUUCUCGCACUAGGAGACUACAUGAAUGUGCAAUGCCACGCUUGUAUUGGAGGCACAUCCAUUGGAGAGGAUAUUCGCAAAUUGGAGCAUGGGCAGCACGUCGUUUCGGGGACUCCAGGCCGUGUCUUCGACAUGAUUAGAAGGCGUACUCUGAGAACGCGUAAUAUAAAGAUGCUGGUUUUGGAUGAAGCCGACGAGCUGUUGAAUAAGGGGUUCAAAGAUCAGAUUUACGACGUAUACCGAUAUCUUCCUCCGGCGACCCAGGUCGUUAUUCUCAGCGCUACGUUGCCAUACGAUGUUCUCGACAUGACGACUAAGUUCAUGACUGACCCUGUCCGAAUCCUUGUCAAGCGUGAUGAAUUAACGCUCGAGGGUAUUAAACAAUUUUUCGUUGCUGUAGAAAGGGAGGACUGGAAAUUUGACACGUUGUGCGACCUUUACGACACUCUCACAAUUACCCAGGCUGUCAUUUUCUGCAACACAAGGAGAAAAGUGGAUUGGCUCACCGAAAAGAUGCGGGCGGCGAACUUCACGGUGUCAUCCAUGCAUGGAGAAAUGCCGCAAAAAGAGCGAGACGCUAUCAUGGCAGAAUUUCGCGCCGGAACUUCGCGCGUGCUCAUCACCACAGACGUGUGGGCUCGUGGAAUCGAUGUUCAGCAAGUCUCUCUAGUCAUCAACUAUGAUUUACCUGCGAAUCGUGAAAACUAUAUCCACCGUAUUGGACGGUCUGGACGCUUUGGUCGCAAGGGUGUCGCGAUAAACUUCGUAACUGUGGAUGAUGUUCGAAUCUUGCGUGAUAUUGAGCAGUACUACGGCACGCAGAUUGAUGAAAUGCCAGUCAACGCCGCGGAACUCAUUUGAGUGCUUCCCGGAAGCUUUCCUAUGGAUGGCAUUGUAUUUUGUAUCUUAGAAUCAGUCCCGAAACGUCUUCCAUAACACCUGUCGCGUAUUGAGGUUGCUCGCAUGUAGAGUGCUCUCGAGUGCGUGACUUGCCUAACAUGUGGGUAUCCACUGCAAUUCGUACGGCUCUAUUUGUUGCUCCGCAUCCUGUAUUUCCGCGACGCCACAAAAAGGACGGCUCAUGCCCCCUUUAGCGGGGCCUGGGCUUGGUUGCUUCUGUUUCUCGCGUGCUCUAUAUAUUGUCAUUCUUCUGCAAUUUAACAUAUGUACUUUAUCAAUCUUCUAGGCUGACGGACAUGAGAAAGUCGG